UUGUGUAAUGAAAUGGCGAAAUUCAAGAUCGUCGUUGUACAGAAUAGCCAACAAAUUCGAUGGUCCGGCCUUAUAUCCCAUAAUUGGAAACGCUCUGUUAUUUGCAGGACCACGAAAAGAAAUUUUAAAUAAAAUGAUUAAAAUUCACACGGAAUAUCGCAGCAGUCCCAUAAGGUUGUGGUUUGCUCACAGGCUAUUACUUGUAUUUACUGAUGCUGAUCAAGUUGAGAAAAUAUUACUAUCUUCAAAAUUAACAUAUAAAGAUGCUAUAUAUGAUCCUUUAAAAGUAAUGGUUGGCGAUGGUUUAAUCACAGGCUCCGGCAUUAGAGCAAGACUUCACCGAAAAAUUCUUUCGCCGAUGUUGUCACCAAAAAAUAUAAACGGAUAUGUUGAUAUCUUUGAAAAACAUACAGAGGUAUAUAUAAAGCAAUUGGAAGAAAAAGCUGAUGGUCAAGAAUUUGAUAUUUACUGGACAAUGAGCCGGCUAUGUUCGGAUAUUGUUUUUGAUUCUAUAAUGGAUUACAAAGUAUCUAAACAGGAAACUGAAGAGUUCUUAUCAAAUGUUGAAUUUCUCUACGAUGUCGUUAUAGAACGAUUAGUUAAAAUAUGGAUGCAAACCGACGCAAUAUUUAAACUUACACCAAUAGCUAAGAGGUACUACAAGAGUAUAAAUGAGUACAUAAACUUUUUUAAAAAGUUGCUGAAAACGAAACAAGAAGAGUUGAAGGCGGGCAUAACUUCAGAGAAAGCAAACAAAUCGCCAUCCACUGUGGAGCAAUUACUUCGAUUUGCAGCGAAUGAUCCAGAUGCAUACACGGAUAAAGAGAUACUAGACGAAAUAUUGACUCUUUAUGCAGCGGCUCAAGACACAACAGCUAGUAUCUGCUCAUUCGUGCUCAUUAUGCUAGGUGCAUAUCCGGAAGCUCAGGAGAAGCUGUACCAGGAAGUGAAUCAAAUUCACUUCAACCGAAACACGACGAUGACCACCGCAGAUGUUGCCCAAUUGACUUAUACUGAUAUGGUUAUUAAAGAAGUCAUUAGACUAUUCCCUAUUGCACCAUACCUUGUACGUACAUGUAGCGAAGAUGUUCUGAUUGAUGAUGAUAUUACUAUACCAGCGAAUUGUUCAGUGGUUUUGGGAAUAUUUGACCUACAUCAUCAAUCUAAACAUUGGGAACACCCUUGGGAAUUCUAUCCAGAACAUUUCUUUCCCGAAGCAGUCGCCAACAGGCAUCCUUCUGCAUAUUUACCAUUUUCUUAUGGUACAAGGUCUUGUUUAGGUAAAACGUACGCGCUGUCAUUGAUUAAAGUAGCAGUGGCGAGAAUAGUGCAGCGUUUUAAAAUCGUAGCUGAUAAAAAAGUACAAGAUUUACAUUUGCACAAUGACAUAUCAGUUAGAUCGACCGAUGGCUAUAAAAUAAAACUGCUUCUACGUGAAUAACCAUUUUCAGCUUAAAACAAGUUGAUAGGUUGAAUUUAAAUUUAUAUUAAGUGAUGUAUUUCUCAUGACUAUUAUAA